CACCCGCCUACCGUGUGCGUCACACGCCCGUCAAGUGACGUCAGAGUUCCUGCAGGUGCUCAGAGAAGUGCAGCAUUGGCGUAAGUGGCGUGUAAAGCAUCUCUCGCGAUGGCCUCUGCUACAGAUAACCGUUAUGGACAAAAGGAGUCCUCUGACCAGAACUUCGACUACAUGUUCAAGAUCCUGAUCAUCGGCAACAGCAGUGUAGGAAAGACCAGCUUUCUGUUUCGCUAUGCCGACGAUUCUUUCACUCCGGCUUUCGUCAGCACAGUGGGCAUUGACUUUAAGGUGAAGACUAUCUACAGAAAUGACAAGAGGAUCAAGCUGCAGAUUUGGGACACAGCAGGGCAGGAGCGCUACAGGACUAUCACUACCGCCUACUACAGGGGAGCCAUGGGCUUUAUCCUCAUGUACGAUAUCACUAACGAAGAAUCGUUCGCUGCUGUACAGGACUGGUCUACACAGAUAAAAACCUACUCAUGGGAUAAUGCCCAGGUGCUUUUGGUGGGCAACAAGUGUGACAUGGAUGAUGAAAGGGUAGUGGCUUCUGAGAGGGGACGGCAACUUUCUGAACAUCUCGGGUUUGAGUUUUUUGAGGCCAGUGCCAAAGACAACAUCAAUGUAAAGCAGACCUUUGAGCGCCUGGUGGACAUCAUCUGCGAGAAGAUGUCAGAGAGCCUCGAUGCCGGAGACCCGGCCGUCACCGGAGCCAAACAGGGCCCUCAGCUCACCGAGCAGCCUGCUGCUCCACACCAGGACUGCGCUUGCUAAAAAAAAACCCACACCCAGCCUCUCCAACUACACUGCCCUGCACUACCAUACACAGGAUGAAGUUAAAACAAUAAGGGUUAAAGGAAAAGAAAAAUUCAAUCCUUGCUCCUCGUAGAAUCAUUGUGUCUUCUGUUAUCUACCCUGCUACUGAUUCAGUGUGUGAGUGUAAUUCUUUUUCAGCUAAUAACAUACGUCCCAAUCUUUGAUUUUGGUGCACCGUUGAUUUGACUUGGAGAGGGAAAGCCAUUCUUUACUAUAUUACUAUUAAGAACUGAGUUUGGCGAAGCAUCAAUCAUUGUGUGUUAGCUUCUCUUCGGUGUGUGUGUGAAUUUUAUCUGGCCUUCAUGUGCCAUCUUUGACCUCCCUGUGCUUUAUUUUUCUUUCCUUCAUACUCAACUUUUGUUAAGUGAAAUACGAACAAAUACUAGAGGAGAACCUUCUGUAUAUUUAUUCCGAACAUGUAUAUAGACGAUGUGCAGUAUUUAAUACAGGUAUAGUAACAUAUUUAAGAAAAAGAAAAAUAAUAAUAAAUCAUUUUGAAAAUGACAAAUCAGAGAACUAUGAAGAUAAUAAAAGGAUAUUCAUGUAAUGUUUUUCAUGAAAAUCCUUUGCAUCGCUUGUCACAAACCUCUCUUGCAUAAUUUGUAGACAUACCUACUUAAUCAUGGUACCUUUAGUCACUAAACUGCUGAACGUCAGAUAUACAUAGACAUUCCUCAGUGGAAAAUGCAUGGAAGGAAAUUAAGCCAUCUAAGGCAAAUAGUUAUAAGAUUCCGCGCUGUCCGUUCCGUCGUAGAUCCAAAACAAAUCUUGAAGUAAAUCUAAAUGAAAGAAAGAUCAUUUAGAAAUCACUUGGGUUUUUAUGCACAUUGUUGUAGUGACAGAACUUCUGCUUCUGCCAUCGUGAUGAAUUCAAACGGAUCAUAACGCAGCAUAAUUCGGGCCGUGGUUGCGAAACCGUACUUGUUUCUAAACUCAAUGCAAGUUUCAGAGAUGGAAAUCGCAUUUCUGCAUUUUUUUUCUCUAAACGUUUGAACCCGCUUGAACCCGGUGCAGAAAUCCAUCCUUACCUGUGUUACAGUAACUGAAGAGAAAAUUGAAGAAAGGGAAGAAAAUAAAAAAAAUCUCAUGUCGUAAAUACGUCGUUGUCAUUUCACAUGACUGAUAGUCAGGACUGUUACUUAUUAUAGACUUUGUAUUGGCAUUAAUGAGACAAUGAGUUUGAGGGAAAAAAAACAGACGCCCUUAUGACAUCUUUGUGAUUUAAAUCGGUUCCUGACCUUUCUAAAAAAAAAUAAAUAAAUAAAAAAUAAAAAAAAUGUAUAUCUAUAUAUUCCCAGUUUUCUUUCCUUUGCUAUGCUGUCUUCCUGAAAAAUGACUGUAAAUAUAUUUGAGUCUUUAGUUUUAUGUGUGAAUUGUGUCGUGACUCUGGGCUCAAAACAAACAAACAGGGGAAAAAAGAAGAAGAAGAGAUAUGGAAAAUUAUUUAAAGUACGUGCUUUAUCCGCUCUGUGUAUGCUUGCUUGUGAACGAGUGUUUAUUACGAAGCAAUAUGGAAAAAUAUGUGUUUCAAAGUAUUUAUUGUUUCAUUACGCCCUUCUAGAAAGGAACGAAAGGGUUCGGGGGAAAAAAAAGAUCCCUAGAGCUUAGAGCUGAGCAAAUCCUGUAACGUCACACAGACGGACAGGGAAUGUGCUUACCUUGGAACUUCAAAUUCACUCAAAGAAGGAGAAUCGAAAUCAAAAUAUCAAAUGCACACUAAUCUUCAGAGACCAAACUGUGGCCAGGAUUUCCAAGCAGAUGCUUUGUGUCCUUGUCCUAAUUUAUACCAAGAUAUCUUAUUAAACUGUUAUAAUAAAGAUGUAGAGCAAAAAAAAAAAAGACCUGCUUUUAUAUUCUGUUUUCAGGGUUGGUUUGUUUUUCAGUUCUGCAACAUUUGAUUUUGAGGAUUCUUGUCUUUUUUUUUAACUUUUAUUUAUUUAUUUAUUUUAUCUUUUUUUUUUCUAAAAUGGGAAUUCUGUGUACAAGUUUUAAAAAAUAUCAACUAUUAUGCAGUAGUAAAUUAACUCCAAAUACAAUAAGGGGCAUGGUGUCAAAUGUUCAGUGGUGAAGUUUACCAAACCUACUGUCUAUGUUGUGGAAAUUACUAAAAUGAAAAAAUAGUAAAUAAUAAAGGUUCGUGCUGUAAAAAGAUCUCAUGGCC